AUUUGACAGAUUGACAUGGACUCUAUCCUCUCUGUCUCUCUCUGUCUCUGUCUAUCUCGUACCAUUAAGUGAGUGGGAGAAUCAUCUCUUUCACUCUCAAAUUGUUAGGAGAGAGAGAGAGAGAGAUAGAGAGAAGCGAGAGAUGAUGAGUUUCAGAAUCAGUGGGGGAAGCUAGCCGCCAUCUCCUCAUACCAAUUUGCUGCUUCUUGCUUCAGCUGCUGUCUCCCUGCUUCAAUAUCUCAUCACCUCAGAAAUCUACUGCAAACCCCUUCUAAGAACAAGUACUUUAGGAACCAUUGGCAAUUCAAAUUCUGUGCCAUCGAGGAGCCAGCGCUCGUGUACAAUAACAUGAUCAAUAUGAGGAUGAUGUUGAAGCAACCGUGGCCUCUUUCAGUGUCUGUUACCUUCUUUUGCAGCUUAUGCUUCUGGUUUCAGGUGUCCAUGGCACAAAAUAGUACGACCGAUCCAUCUGAAGUGAGGGCGUUGAACUCAAUAUUCAAGCAAUGGGACACGCAAGCCGUGCCGGGGCUGUGGAAUAUCAGUGGAGAGCCAUGCAGUGGAUCUGCCAUUAAUGGAACCGACUUUGAGGAUCCAGCUAAUAAUCCAGCCAUCAUUUGUGAUUGUACUUAUGAAAAUAAUACUACCUGCCACAUCACCCAACUGAGAGUUUAUGCUCUGAACAAACAAGGGGUGUUUCCAGAAGAAUUUGUGGCUUUAAGAUAUCUGACCAUUUUGAAAAUUGAUCAGAACUAUUUCACCGGUCCCCUACCAGCAUUCAUCGGCAAUAUGUCCGCAUUGACGUCAUUGUAUUACAUGGACAGCUGUGGACUUAGUGGUGAAAUUCCUUCAACAUUUGCUAAGCUCAUCAACAUGCAAAUCCUCUGGGCUUCAGACAUUGCUUUCUCAGGAAAGAUACCUGCUUUCAUUGGGAAUUGGACAAAACUAACUGUUUUGAGAUUUCAAGGGAACUCUUUUGAAGGCCCAAUACCAACCAGUUUUUCUCAACUGACUUCAUUGAACAAUCUGCGAAUCAGUGAUAUAUCUAAUGUGAGCUCCUCUCUUGGUUUUAUAAGAAAUUUGAAGAACUUGACUGAUUUAGUUCUACGGAAUGCAUUAAUCAAUGGUAGCAUUCCUUCUGAUAUUGGAGAAUAUCAAGAUUUACAGAUGCUGAAUCUGGGUUUCAACAAUUUAACAGGCCAACUCCCAAGUUCUUUGUUCAACAUGAGUUCUCUUACAUACUUGUUUCUUGGAAACAAUAGCCUGUCUGGACCUCUUCCAAGCCAAAAGAGCAAUCAACUUCAGACUAUUGAUUUGUCUUACAACUAUUUAUCAGGAAGCUUUCCCCAUUGGGUAACAAUAGUAUCGCAACUGAACUUAGUGGUCAACAACUUCACGUUUGGCAGUUCAAACAUAACUCUUCCUGGAUUGAAUUGCCUCCAGAGGAAUUUUCCAUGCAAUCGAAAUACCCCUCGAUAUGCAAACUUCUCAAUCAAGUGCGGGGGACCACAAAUGAGAGGAAGUGAUGGCAUAUUGUAUGAAGCUGAAGACUCAGCUCUUGGCCCAGCAACAUUUUAUGUAACCAGUACACAGAAAUGGGCUGUUAGCAAUGUGGGUUUGUUGUUAACAUGCAUUGGUUCUUCUCCAUGUAAUGUUUUAGGAACAAAUGACUUGCACCUUGACUGGCCUACCCGCUUCAAUAUAUUGUUGGGAACAGCAAGAGGACUUGCUUACCUUCAUGAGGAGUCAAGGCCCAGGAUUGUACAUCGAGAUGUCAAAGCCAGUAAUAUUUUGCUAGAUGCAGAACUCUCCCCAAAAAUAUCAGAUUUUGGAUUGGCAAAGCUUUAUGAUGACGAAAAAACCCACAUUAGCACCCGGGUUGCAGGGACAAUAGGUUAUUUGGCGCCGGAGUAUGCAAUGCGCGGACAUCUGACAGAAAAGGCUGAUGUUUUUGGUUUCGGGGUUGUUGCUUUGGAGAUCCUCAGCGGGAGGCCAAACUCAGACAACAACUUGGAUCCUGAAAAGAUUUAUCUUCUUGAAUGGGCAUGGACUCUACAUGAAAACGACCAGAGUUUGGGGCUGGUGGAUCCGAGAUUGACAGAGUUUGAUGAAAAUGAAGCAACUAGAUUGAUAAAAACAGCUCUCCUCUGCACUCAGGCAUCACCAAUGAUGAGGCCAUCAAUGUCACGCAUAGUGGCAAUGCUCUCUGGAGAUAUUGAAGUAAGCACUGUUAUUUCAAAGCCAAGUUAUUUGACAGAUUGGGAUUUCAAAGAUGUAACCACAAGUAGCUUUUUGAUGGAUAAUGAUACCCCAUCAACUGACUUCAAUGUUCAUCUCAGCCAUCAGCCUGAAGGGAGCACAACUGGUGCUAGCACCGGGAUUGACCUUUCGCCGUCUCCGGUAAAUGUCACUGAAUCAAUGCUCACUGGCAUUAUAGGAGAAGGCAGGUGAGAACUAAGAAGUUGCCAUUGUCUUGCCCUUGCUGUCAAUAUGUAACUUUUACUGCUAAAACUUUCCUACAUGUUGUACUUGUCUUUGGGUCUUUCUCUGCCCCUAGUUUUUAGCAAUGGUGAUGCAUAUAUAAAAUAAGAUACAAUUCUAUAGAUAUCCGGUUGCCUUCAUCCUCAUUGAAUAAUAAUACAUGUUCCAUA